AACUCAGCUCAGAUUUCAUUGCACUGUGCAGUCAGAUAGGAAACAACCAAGCAACUUUUAACAAUGUUCCUAUCCCUCAGUGGAAUUGGCUUUGUGGUGGAGUUAUGAUGAAGCAUUUGGGAGUUUUAAGAGCUGUGGGAAAUUGAAAGUUUCAUAAAGUGGGGAACUCAAGACCUGAGACAGAAAAAGACACAGCACCUGCCUCUUGGGAUCUUUUUAAGUGCAUAAUCUGCAUUGCACUGAAAUUUCUGCAGGAAUCUUAUUGGGAUUGCAGAUAGAACAGAUCCAGGAUAGGAAUAUCCAUUUCAGCUGGAGUGAACAUGUACCCCGGAUUUUUCACAGCAGCAGUUUUUUAUAUUCAAUGGAGAUUCAUUUUGAUCCACGGUUCAGCUUCUCAAGUCAAUCGGAUUGCACCAGAACUGAAUAUAACUGACAAGCAGUUGGUCAUUGAAGUAAAUGGAACAAUCACAGUCACCUGCAGGGGGCAGGCAUCCUUGAACUGGUUUGGACCCAAUCAACCUUAUGCUACAAAAGACAGAUUAAGCAUAACCAACUACAGGUGCAAUGACAAGAAGAAGUAUUUUUGCAGUACCAUGACUUUAAGUAAGGCUCAUCGCAGUGAUACUGGAAGCUAUACUUGUAAAUAUGCCACUUCCGAAGCCAAUGAAAGCCUUAAAUCCCAGAUCUAUUUAUUUGUCACAGAUCAUCAAAGUCCAUUUGUGGAACCUCAUACAGAACGUCCUGAAGUGAUAAAGUUCAGUGGAAGUAGUGAGAUUGUGAUCCCCUGCCGCGUCACAGCACCAAAUCUACAGGUCACACUACUGAUGGAUUACACCAUCUUUGAAAUCAAUGGGACAAAUAGUGUAUGGGAUCCUACGCAAGGCUUUAUUAUUCGAAAUCUGGAACAUAUUCCCUCUGGCAUGCUGCAAUGCAAAACUAUGGUCAAAAAUCAAGCCUUCAGGUCUUACUUUAUAAUAUCCAAAGAAGUUGAAGGGGUGAAAUAUCUUCACCUUAAUACCAGUGCACGAAUCAAGGUGCUGUCUGGGGAUACACUAUCUAUCAAGUGCACAGCAAAAAUGCCUUUGAAUGCCAGACCUGAAUUUCAGUGGGAGUAUCCUGGCAAAGCAGCUAAUCGGACAGUUAAUAUUUAUAAUGCACGGGUAAUGCCAACUGUAUAUUACAGUAUGCUAACUCUGAAGGACAUACAGCGAAGUGACAAAGGAACCUACAUUUGCAAAGUAUUGAAUAAAAAUAUAUCGCAAAACAGGACUAAAGUUAUUGUCAUUGAAGAGCCUUUUAUUGAAGCAAGUUUCAAAACUCAGAACCCUUUACGCAUAUUAGCUGGAGGAAAACCUGUGAAACUAGCUGUGAAAGUGAAUGCUUUCCCAACUCCAGAAGUGUCCUGGUACAAAAACGGAAAACUCAUUACACACAAUCAGACUUGCUAUACCCAAAACCACUAUGCAUUAAAAAUAAUGCGUGUGUCAAAAGAUGAUGAAGGGAAUUACACCAUUUCACUAACCAACAAGCUGCAUAAUCUGCAGAAGAACCUCACCAUCACACUAAGAGUGCUUGCAAAACCACAGAUCUAUGACAAUGCAGUGGGACCCCAAGAGGAAAGGUUUUAUCUGCUUGGGAAGAAACAUAAGCUGACCUGUACUGCCUUUGGAAUUCCAUCUCCCACAAUUCACUGGCAAUGGCAGCCCUGCAUCAGCAACCUAUCCCAUACAACGUGUGAAACAAAUGAUGAUGUGAAAAUUAACAUUUCAAAACCAUUUCAGACAAACCUAGGCAACAGAAUCGAGAACAUCACUCACAGAAUGGAAUCGUAUAAUGAUAAAAACAGUACUGUGAGCACUCUGAUUGUGGCCAAAGCCAAGGUCUCAGGUAAUUAUCACUGUAUAGCUACCAGUGAGUGUGGUGAAGACAGAAGAAGAAUUAACUUUUACGUUACAGAUCAGCCAGAUGUCUUGCAUCUUAAGGCAAAUAUCAACGAAUCUCAAACUGAGGGAGGCGACCUAACUCUUACCUGUAUAAUUAGAAAGUACCUCAUCAAUGAAUUUACCUGGUAUUACCAGUCCUUGGUGAAAUCGUCUGAGGUUAAUCUGAACAGUUCCACUCAGACAGUUUAUGGAAACUACUCCAACACUUUGUCGCUCCAACUCAGAAAUGUGACUGAAAGGGAUACUGGCAUUUACAAGUGCAGAGCAAUGAACAAAACUUCCAAGGAGCAGUACGAGAAACGUACUAUGGUCUAUAUAAAACCUAAGACCAUUCCAGUUCUGCAGAAGAACCUGACAAGCCUGGAGAUCAACAGCAGCAGUACUGUGAUCCUGAGCUGCGAUGUCAAUGGGCGACCCCCUCCCAGCAUCACCUGGUACAAAAAUGAGCAACAGGUUCUCCCAGCUUCAGGCAUUUUUCUGGAAGCAGGAAACAAAACUUUAAUCAUUGAAAGAGUCAGAUUUGAUGAUGAAGGAGAAUACAAAUGCAAGGCCACCAACGAAAAGGGAACAGUGGAAACAUCUGCAUACGUAUCUGUUCUAGGGUCUGAAGAAAAAUCCAACUUGGAACUGAUUAUUUUGGUCUGUACUGGGGUAGCAGCCACACUAUUCUGGCUCUUACUCACACUUUUUAUCCGUAAACUCAAGAAGCCUAGUUCUGGGGAUGUUAAAGCUGGAUAUCUGUCAAUCAUAAUGGAUCCAGAUGAAGUGCCACUGGAUGAACAGUGUGAGCAUCUCCCAUAUGAUAGCAGUAAAUGGGAGUUUCCUAGAGACAGACUCAGGCUCGGCAAAACUCUUGGACUUGGUGCAUUUGGCAAAGUGGUGGAGGCAUCUGCUUUUGGGAUUGAUAAAUCUUCAACCUGUAAAACAGUGGCUGUAAAAAUGCUGAAAGAAGGGGCUACAACAAAUGAAUGCAAAGCACUGAUGUCAGAGCUGAAAAUUCUUAUCCACAUUGGCCACCAUCUGAAUGUCGUGAACAUGCUGGGAGCCUGUACCAAGCCUGGAGGGCCUCUGAUGGUAAUUGUGGAAUAUUGCAAGUAUGGAAACCUAUCCAAUUACCUCAGGAGCAAGAGAAAUGACUUCAUUUUAGUCAAGUGUCAGAAAAACGUCAGCCAGCCUGACACACUUGUAGAUGAAACCAGCUCUGAAGUAAUGGAAGGCAUAAAGCGAAGAUUGGAGAGCGUGGCGAGUACAGGAAGCUCAACAAGCUCAGGCUUUGUGGAAGAUAAGAGUUACAGUGACGCGGAAGAGGAAGAGGAAGAUGCUGAAGACCUAUAUAAACGACCAAUGGCUAUGGAAGACCUGAUUUGUUACAGUUUCCAAGUAGCCAAAGGCAUGGAAUUUUUGGCUUCAAGGAAAUGCAUCCACCGAGACUUGGCAGCCCGUAACAUUCUUCUGUCUGAGAGCAAUGUUGUGAAGAUCUGUGACUUCGGGCUGGCUCGUGACAUUUACAAAGACCCAGAUUAUGUACGGAAAGGAGAUGCCCGACUCCCACUCAAAUGGAUGGCACCAGAAUCCAUAUUUGAUAAAAUCUACACAACUCAGAGUGAUGUCUGGUCUUUUGGAGUGCUACUGUGGGAAAUAUUUUCCUUAGGUGCCUCUCCCUAUCCAGGAGUCCAAAUCGAUGAAGAAUUCUGCCACAGGUUAAAAGAAGGAACAAGGAUGAAGCCCCCUGAAUAUUCUACCCCAGAAGUCUAUCAGACAAUGUUAGACUGCUGGCAUGGGGACCCAGGAGAAAGGCCUACCUUCAGUGAGUUGGUGGAACAGCUGGGAGAUCUUUUGCAGGCCAAUGUUCAGCAGGAUGGAAAGGAUUAUAUUCCUUUGAAUACUAUGUUGCCAACAGAUGGUGAUUCAAGCCUCUCUGCAGACCCCAGCCUCACAGAAGACAUAACAAAUCCAAAAGUUAAUUACAAUUGCACAGGAGUCAUUGGACUCAAUUGCAAUAAUGCAAAGAAGAGGCCACUGAGUGUAAAAACAUUUGAUGAGGUUCCUGUAGAAAAUAAGACCACCGUGAUAUACGAGGAAGGUGAAACUGACAGUGGAAUGGUGCUAGCCUCUGAUGAGCUAAAGUCCCUGAAGCGCCUGGAAAGCAGAUCCCGCCCUUUUGGAAUAAUUACAUUAGCAAUGAGAGCUGUGAGUAAAAGCAAAGAGUCUGUAUUGUCUGAGUCUGAGAACCAUGCUAACCCACUCCAGCCUGCUGUGUGUGGUACAGAGGAUGAAGGCCUGGAUUUUGCCCUGGAAGAUUCGAUCCUGUUACCUAUGGAUCAAACUUUGGAAUGCCACAGCCCACCGCCAGAUUACAACUCUGUCAUUCGCUACACCACACCACCAGUCUGAAUAAACUGGAUUUUCUGAAUGCUACCACACCACAAUUGUCAGUGCAGCCUUUAAUGAGGAAUGUACCACAGCACAACAUCCUGGAUAUUGUAAACCAAACUCUUCUUUGGCUAAAGGGAUAUAGAGAGAGCCAUAUAACCAUGGAUGUCAAAUCUACUAUAAGUACUUGUGUUAAAGCCCUACUAUUCAUUCAGUACAAAAUACACCUGCAGAUAAUUUUCUGAAAAGUCCCAGGUCUGUGAAAAACCCCGCACAAUAUCAUUAUUACUCCAGUGCUGAAUGGCUGUGGGUAUAGCUAGUUAGCUCACAGCUGUGGUGUGUAGUCAGUGAAUCAAAUUGUAUCAGUGAAAUUCUCCAAACAUGUCCAAAGUAUCCCAGUCAAUCAUGGGAAUGUCACUAAAAAAAUUGAUUUGUAUGUGUAUAAAAAACAUAUGUCUGUCAACUGUUUUGCUAACUGACUAUUGUAAAGAAGGGUCAGUGCCUGAAACCUAUCUGUUCUCUCCACAGAUGCCGACUGACCUGUUCCUUGUUUCCAGUUUUUUCUGUUUUUAUUUCACCAUCUGCAGUAUUUUUAUUUGAAUGUUUUGAUUCCCUUACUCAAAUGAAGAUAUCGUUCCAUGUUUUCCAAUGUUCAGCUCUCACAUAGUUCAGUCAGCAGGAGGUCCAGUGUUGCUAUCAUUCACCAAAAGUUAAAAUGCCCUUGUUUUGUUUCUUCUCCUAAUUAACUGUUAAGCAAAAUUUCCCACACAUGAAUUGGCUUCAGUGAAAUGCUGAAUACUAGAAGAGAUGUGUGUAAAUUGUAUGACUUUAAUGAUUUUUUAGCAGUCUAAGGUCCCUGACACAAAGUUGUGAGUUCGGUUUCCAGGAUUGCAUGUUGCAAUUUGAGGUGAAUUUGAGUUGGGCCUCCAAAUGAAAUAUAUCUCGCAGAAAUGAGCUGGUCCAUCUCAUAGUAAGGACCAGCAAGCUGUACACAAAAAUUGUAUUAAUGGUGAUGAUAAAAACAAUGUGGCACAGAGUUCCUGAUUCUAGUGAAGGCUGUGGGUGUGAUAAGCUAUUGAGGAGAUAAUGAUGGAGAAUAUAAGAUGGGGGGAAAACAAUAAGAAAAUGGCUAAUUGAAAAACAGUGAAAUAAUUUUUUGCUCGUCACAAACUCUGUUAGAAUUUCCCCUAUAACAUUGAGGGUAGUAGACAAGUUGAAAAUAUCAUUAUGUUCUCCAGGCAUGAUGAAUUUUAAAUAGUUGCAGCAGGUAAUUAAAAUUUGAUUAUUCCACAUCUAACUGAAAGCAGUGGAAACUAGAGCCAUAUAAACUGUAGGAUUAUGUCAAUGUGAGGAUAUCUCCACUAUUAUGUAUCCAUAUUCUGAUGGCUUUCCAAACAAGAUUAGCAUUCAAAGGAGUUUUUCUUUUUUAUUAAUGCUUGUUCUUUGUGCAUUCUUCAUGAAUUUUGUGUUGGGGCUUUUCCUGGUAUCAGAUAGUUAACCAGAAGUGUGAACAAUGAAACCCCCCACCCUCCAAAUGCACAUUAUCAAACACAUACAGAUUUGCUAUUGUACUCUCAAUAAUGACUGACUUGUUCUAAGAUAAUGAAGAGUAUAAGUUUUGCACAAUAAUUAGCUUGUAUCCCCCUGCUCCCAUCCAAUCAUGGAGAAUGAGACCGCUCCCACUGGACACAAUUUAAUGCCAUUGAAUGCAUUCUUGUUUGGCAGAGGCAUAUAUGUUCUACAAUGUUGAGAAAAGUAGUUAUUUAUUAUAAGGAGGAGACAAUCCUGAUCCCUCAAGGUGAGAAAAAAUGUGUCAAUGCUCCAAAAACAAUAUUUUAAUCUGCAAAAAUGUUUUAGAAAUAUUAAUGGCUAAUUUUCAGGGCUAACACAGCUUUAAAACGGCAGGAAUUAGACUGAUCAGCAAUGAUAAAUACAAAUUCAAUUGCUUUAUAAACUCAGACUAUUUUGUAAGGAUAAUGUAAAAUUUGGACUCUACACUCCUUCCCAAUUGCCCCCCGCCCCUCUGUAAUGCCCGCCUCCACCUCAAGAGAGUGUCAUUAUUGGGCAUUAGCUUCAAUCAAUGAAGGUACACUAUUUGCACAAAUAGAAUAUUUCCUUCAUCUAUUUUUAAUUAUCAAGAAAAACUAUCUGGGUGUUCUUAGGUGGGCAGUGGGGGGGUGCUGGGGGAACAGCACAACUGUUUAAAAGAAAAUUACCCCAAAACUUUCCUAUUCAAGGAGAUGAUUUGAAUCUGAACAUGUUGUAUCCAGCUGAUUGGUUUUAUUCAUCUUCUAAUAUUUUACAAAUUCCAGUAUUUAUUUAAAAAUAAACUUACAAAUUUAACUUUGCCUGGUGUUAUUAACAUAUUUCCAAUGCUGAAUUUAGUAAAACAGCAAAAUAAAAUAUCAAAAGUAUAGUUGCUAAAGCAAGAAGUAAUUUCAAUAUUUCAAAUUAGUCAUUUACCUCAUUACAAUAUUUCUAAUACUGAAUUUAUAUAUUUUAUAAAAGAAUCAGACUUUGAAUUUUUCACAUCUUCCUAGCUUAUCAUCAGGAUGUUACCAAAAGAUGUAUUCAGAAAAUAUAGGAAGAACUGUUAUGGCUGUAAUUACUCUCUGCCUUUAUAUCAAUAUUUGUAAUUAGAGUGAAAAAGGUCUCAGGUAAUCUCAUGUUGCUGUAUCCUUUUUUUCUAGAUCUUGCACAGGUAUUUGUUAUAACAAAUUAAAAGCAAUUAACUGUUCAACCAUUCCAAGUAUAUUAGAAAUGUCCCUAGGUGACAGAUUGUGAAUGGCUUUUUUUAAAUAAAGUGGAAAAGGAACACUGCAGUGUAAAACAGGGAAUAUUUUGCAUACUGUGAAUUUACUGUUCUUUAAAAGAACUCUGGAAUUAGAGUUCUUUCAUUAAUAUAUGAGGAACAAUAACGAGAAAAUGGUUAUUUUUCAUUGCAACUCCCAGGAUGCUGUAAAUCCCUUAGAUUGUCCUAUGAACAAUUCAAAUAGGUCACUUUCCAAUGGGUCUACUGUGAAUGUUAUGAGUAUAAGGAGGUGCCCAGUAUUGUUGUGUUAUGUUAUAUAGUGUAUAGUCACAAAUCCAGUUAUUCUACAUUGCAAUAUAGGAAUUAAAGAUAUCUGACAUCGCACCAUCUCAUAUAUUUUCUAGUGUUCUGUUCCCUUUAUCACCCAUUCACAUUGUUCCUUCCACAAAUCAUGGCCAAAUAUAAUUGAGUGCAUAGAGAAAUUAGCAGCAUUGUAAAUUUAGAAUGAGGUAUUUUGCCCUGAAAUUAUAUUGUAAGAAAAUAACACAAUAGAACAUUGGAACAGGAGUAAGCCAUUCAACCCCUCAACCCAUCUGCCAUUGGCUGAUCUGUACCUCAACUCCAUUUACCCAGCUUUGUUCCAUAACGCUUUGAUAUCCUUACCUUAAAAAAUGCAUUACUUUGACAUUCCUCUCUCCGCUACUUUACUGAGAUGUUAACCCAUUUCAAAUAAAUAGAUUACUGAUACUGCUGAAAUAGUGGACAGGGGAGACAAAUCCAUUAAAUCCAUUGGUGCGUUAUUUUCACAGUGUGCUUUCGAGACUGUGGGUUUUUUUUUAAAGAAGGGCAUCAAAAGAUUGUAAUGAAGUGGUGGUGUAUGACCAUGAUAAAAUAAUCAUACAAGGGCUCAAGAUGAAGUGAACUUGAUGGGGCAGCUGGUCUUUUCUUGCUGCAGGCUUACUCUUUGUCUUAAUUCCUUAUUCAGAAUUUUUAUUUUAAAGCUAUAGACUAUAUAAUAUAAAAAUAAGCGAUGUCUGGGUGUGAACUUCAGGCAGUAAUUUGAACUUGUAAUCCUGAUGAUGUUUAUUGACACUCGAAUGCUGUUAUCACGAGUUAUGAUGUCAUCAGGACCGCUUGAUUGAAUUCCUACCAGUCAUCAAUUAUCCUAUCUGUUCAGUUGCACUUAUUUGUAGCUUGUUUUUGUUUAUGUACCAUUAACUGGAAAUGUGUUUAUUUUGCAUUAGCUAACUAGCAGUAAGAUUUGGAAAGCAAAUAACAUUGAAGUAAGGGGAGUAUAUGGUUUCAAAGUGUGACAAAUGAUCUUUGUCUACGAAACAGCUAAUAUUAAUUAUCAUUAUUUUAUACAUGCAAAACACCAAUAACAAAGUCUUGUGCUUCUUUAAAUUACUCAAUCCAUGGAUUAGCCUGUAAUGUUUUCUUUACCUUAUAUCUUUGUGUCUAUGCAGCGUUUAUGCAGAAUGUAAUGGCCAGCUUCAAUGCCAAGGUGGUGAAAUUGCAUGACUAGUUUGCCAACACAAAUAUUUUUAAUAUUCAACUCAGUAAUUUCCAGUGUUCUGAAAUUAAAAUAUAAGUAUCACAGAUGUACAAAUGAAAGGUCUUAGUAAAUGCACAAAAGUUUUAAAUGGUAUUCUCUUCAGCCAUUUUCAAUGUAUUAAUAUUAUUCCUGUUAAGACUUAACUUAAUACAUAUACACAAAUCAUCAUGUACCAGAACUUUUCAUCAACACAAAUGGACAGUAUAAUGGCACACUUCAAGAAUGAAGCAACUUUAGCUGUAAUUCCAAUGAAAUGUCCAAGUACAGAAUCUUGAAAAUUCAAAUAGAUCAUUCUUGUUAAUUUUUCAUUCCUACUAUUAGUUUCCCUUUGCUAACACUAGUGAGCUAGCCAUUCAUUAACGACUUCUUUUACAACAAUGGUGAGAGGUGUAUACUCUUGUGUGUACAGAUUGUCUCCUCAAGAAUCCUCUCCUGCCCAUUGAAUUGUCAGGGCAUCAGAGAAGUGGUUGUAUAAUAUGGGAGAGAAUUGGCAGAGACUAGAGUCAAAACCCUCAAAAUUAAAAAUUCUUACUGACACCAUGCACUUAUUCUAGUAAUUGUUACUAAUUAAGUUGAACUUUUAAUACUAACAUUUUGUAGCAAGUCAGCUCUUGAAAUACCCUUACACCCCUUGAGAGAGUUGUUGGAGAUGGCAGGUGUAAGUAGAAGGUAUAACGUGAGGUUAUUUGAGAGCAUUUUGCUACUAAUUUUUAAAAAGAGUCAGCUAAGAUCUUUUCAAGCAGAGGAUGGUUCCCACUUAUUCAGGCAUGAUGUAGUGAAUGAUAAAUCCUGUUAUAAGUCAGCUCCAGUACGUUGAUAGACAUGUGCUCACACCACUCACAAACUGCCUACAAAUAUAGGACAACUUACAGGAACAGUCAAGUGGAUUGUUGGAGACACCAGCUUUCUGUUAAAAAUAAAAAUUUCAGCAGCCAUUAAACUGGAAUAUUUGCUAAGCAUCGGAAUGUGAGGUUGUUUCCCUCUCUCAAUUUUGCACAUGGAAGAACUUUUUCUUUAAAAUAACAUAGUCAGAGAAAACUAAUAUUAAAUAAUAACAAAUGAGAAAACACUAACAAAUUUGCAGGAAGCUAGUGUAGUCCUCAAACAGUUCUCAAAAAUGUUCCUUUUCUGCAUAUUUUACUGACAGUUUUUGAAUAAGGAACACAAGCAUUCCACGCUGACUAUUCUAAAGCUUGAUGUAUGUGCUAUAAGCUCUCAAACUCAUAACUCAUGGUUCUUUUUAACAAUCUAGCUUAUCCUUACUUUUGAACUGAAAUGUGAUGCAGAGAUAAAGGUUUGUUUCUGAAUCCUACUCUCAUGCUUGCAGGACAGGCUAAUCCUUUGUAUUAAAGAAGGAUAUCUAUUCAUGUCAAGACAACUUCUUUCCUAAGAACCACUUGUUUUAAAGUGCUCAUACGACUCACUUUUAAUGAUUUCUUUUCUUAAGUAACAGCAGAGAACUGCCAUUUAUUCUGUGGGAAAGUAAUAAGGAAUGUCAAUGUAUUAUCUGUGGAAGAAUGUAUGCACUGGAGAACCUCUGUAUUUCAUAUAGCCUAAGCUCUAUUGGAGCUAUUAACAAAAAUAAAGUUUACAUAUAUUUA